GGAGGGCUACAGUGUAGACCAGCUGACCUUCCACAUCAAACCAGCCCGUCUCUACCUAGAGGACACCUUCGUCUACUACAUCAAGACUCUGUCUCACACCUACAUCCCAGACUCGGCCCUGGCUCCUUCCCCGGGCCCUAACCCCUCGGAGCGCUACGGGGGUCCCCUGCUCCCGGAGACCGUCCUUCAGUCCAUCCCGGCCCUGGUGCGCCCUCUAAGGCUGCAGCGCCUGGUCAUUCAGCCGGUCGACAUGUUGGUCAGCAUCCACGCCUCUCUGAAGCUCUACAUCGCCUCGGAUCACACGCCGUUGUCGUUCUCCCUGUUCGACAGAGGACCGCUCUGUACUACAGCCAGACAGCUGAUCCACGCACUCACCAUGCACUACGCUGCCGGGGCGCUGUUCAGGGCUGGCUGGGUGGUGGGGUCUCUGGAUCUCCUUGGUAGUCCUGCCAGUCUGGUGAGGUCCUUCGGUAACGGAGUAUCAGACUUCUUCCGUCUGCCAUACGAGGGUUUGACCCGGGGCCCCGGGGCCUUCGUCAGCGGAGUGUCACGAGGAACCACCUCAUUCGUCAAACACAUCUCUAAAGGCACGCUGACUUCCAUCACCAACCUGGCGACCAGCCUGGCCAGGAACAUGGACCGGCUGUCCCUGGACGAGGAGCACUAUACCAGGCAGGAGGAGUGGAGGAGGCAGCUGCCUGAGAGCCUGGGGGACGGACUCAGACAGGGCCUGUCUAGACUGGGCAUCAGCCUACUGGGAGCGAUAGCUGGCAUCGUGGACCAGCCCAUGGUGUAAUACUUGAUCCUCUGUUCUCUCCAGGAGCGAUAGCAGGCAUCGUGGACCAGCC